CGUCGGGCAGCUCCGUGACCGAGAGCGAGGGCGAAACCGUAAACAGCCUGAUGUCUCUGAGCUUACGUCUCACCAGGAAGAAGAGAUGUAAUAAAGAUGACGAGAGGUAGCCCCAGGUAAAAAAGGAGGGCUGGAAAAUGGGUGGAGCAUGCAGGUAGACACACGUCGGAGAGUCCCUUCAUGAACAGAACGAGAGAGAGAGAGACAACUCUGUAAAGCUGCUGCGAGUCAGUCGAAUUCAGUAAGUACCGCAGUGGACAACGGAUCUCUGAGGGGGCUUCAACGACUCUACUGCUGCUGAAGGAAAUGAGUCGUCACGCCAUGGAAACACAGGCAGAAAAUCAAAGGCCUAACAAUGGCCAGUUGAUUUCUGUGCCUCACAAGGAUACAAUCCGCCUUCUGGAGGUGUACGUCAAGCGCAGCCUCAGCCUAAAUGAUGGGGCACUGGGCACUGAUAGGAAGGCUGAGAGGAAACAGAAGUGGGUGACAAUGCCGAGAAAGCAAAGACGACAUUCCAGUGACCCUUCCCUCCACUUGGCCGAGGGCUUAAACGACGAGGUAAUCUGUAAGUUUUCUGCCGUGGAAGCUCCCGUGAAUGAGCCCAGGACGCUUCAUGAAGAAUCGGAGAAACCCAUCAAAAAAUCAAAGAAGAACAAGAAGCCCUCCUUCUGGAAAAAUAUAUUUGGUAUUUUCUAUCGGAAGAGUAACGAGGAGAAAGAUGAAGAUGAGGACGGUCCAUCAGAGAUCCCGGAGGUCUCCCAAGCAGAAGAGUCCUCUGACGCCGCCAUCACGUGCCUGCCCACAACUCCGGUCACUUCACAAAGAAGAAAGUCUAAGAGAAGGAAAUCCUUAAAAAGAAGGUUCUCUAAAAAACGGCUUUCUCUGAAAUCUGGUAAAGAUCUUAUCGCUGCGGACAUCACCCGGGUUGAAGCUGUUGUCAGCGUGGAACCGACGUAUGCUUACUAUGAGAAAGUGUCAGAGGAACUGGAAAGAAUCGUGCACGAGGUCCAAGAGAAAGAGGAAGUUCAACCUCUCUCUGAUGAGGAAGUCAUCAACAGGAUCAUUGCUUUGACAAAGCAGCAGGGUGAUGCCAUAGAGGACAAGCUGAAAGAUAACCCCACCCUGAGCAACUUUUUCCAGCGGAUGUCGUACUCGUCCUUCCAGACGUUGGCCGAUGCAUAUCUGGAGAAAGAAGCAUUGCCGACCCACAAUCCUCCCACUGUCCCACCAACAGCACCCGAGCUGGUCAAGUUGGCCUUAACGUACGACUUUACAGCCAAGAUAGCCAGGCUCUCUAAACAGAAUAUAGGACACAUUACCGGCCUGGGGAACCGUUAUCUACAAGACCGAUUUGAAUACCAACAGUCAUGUUCAGAUCAUCCAUGCUCUGACAGUGACGGCUGAGAGGCAGCCACGCAGAAACAAAAGUGAUACGUUUACUCUGCAACUUCUCUCAGCACCACAUGUGGUUAAAGAUGUGUUGAAAUUAUAAGUUCCCCCCUUUUUUAACAACACAGUGGACUACCUAAAACCAAUGUUAAGCUUGUAAAAAAAAAAUAUUUUGUGAUAGAAUAUUUGUGUAAUUCUGCAGUUUUAAGACAUGGAGCCAUAUUUCAGAAUUACAAAUAGAUGUUUCUACAAGUGAAACUAUAAUGUGAUGCGUUUUAUUUUUUACAAAUCCGCCACUGAAUUAAAUGUACAUUGAUUUACAAACACAAUGUAUAUUAGAUAAACAACUCUGUGCAAUAAAUAAAUAUAUAUAUAUUUUUUACAAUUCUAGGAUUUUAAAAUGUUUAAACUUUUUUAAAUAGAAGCUAAACUUAAAUGUGACUUGAUUUUUGUCAAUAUGAA